AUGAGCUUGGCGACAGAGAUCGAUCCUGCCUUCGCUUCGGCGGGCACCUCGCUCGCUCCACUUCAAGCGGACAACGACGAUGCCAUCAUUUCGGGCAGAGCAGCCCGAGCGAGCAUACCCAAUCUUGCGAAUCCGAAUGAUCCGGCGGCGCUGACACCGCUACGAGCCCACUAUCUCAAGAAGACGCUCAUCCGCCUCCAGAUGGAACGCGAGGUGGCUCAGCUCAGCACCAAGGAUGCGCUCUCCACCUUCGGCCCACCCUUCCGCGCCUCUCCCGAAGCUCGAAGGACCGAUCUGCCUUUGCUGCGCUUCAUGUUUCAACACUUCGUCCUCACUUUUCCCUUCCUCAGAUCAGCGCCGCCCAACUUUUUCUCAGACAAGGUCCAGGUCUUCUUCGACAAGUUCCUCGAACGGAACAUCAGCGGCACCGAAGACAGAGAUGAAUCCACAAAGCGACGCAAACUCACCACAAAGCUCGAAAAAUACUUUGUCCUCCUCAUGGGCUCUGCCAUCAAAGUCAAAGCCGUAGGCGAGGAUGUGGUUCGCAUCUCCGAACGCGAUCGUGCAAAGAUGGACGCCGUCGAGUCGCGUCGCAAAGCCGCCCUCGGGAGAGCUGGUGCCGCGUCCGCAAGAGAUGACGACGAUGCCUCGUCUGGUUUUGAUAUCAACGUUGUCUCCGUCAGAAACGUCGUCGUCAAGGGCAGGCUUCGCAGUCGAGCGCAUGAAGAGUUCAUCAUCCGCACACGCCGAGGAUAUGGUCAGCCAGACAUAUACGUCUCUCGCCGGUACGGCGAUUUCGAGAAGCUCGCAGAGACACUGAAGGUCGAAUACCCAGACGAGGGCAUCCGUCCACCACCACCCAAGGACCGCAGCAAUACCGAUGUUGCCGAUCCCUACCAGAAGCAGUCAGCCGCUGUUCCGUCACAAGCUGCUACGUUACAGCCACCAGGGAUCGAAGACCCAUAUCCCCGCGCAUCGACAGACUCUGCCAGCUCGCAGUCGCGCAUCCCUAUGCCCACCGGUCCGCUCGCCAGGGAGAAGAAUCGCCUCACGCUACGAGCUUAUCUGCGCUCGCUUUUGGCCAGCCCCUCUGUAGCUGAAAGUGCUCUGCUCAUGGAUUUCCUCACCGCAGAGCCCACCACGCUCACCCGCGCUGAGGAGGAGGAUGCCGCCAUUCGAGAGGGUCUCGACCACGUCCGCGAAGAAGAACACAAGCGCUUCUCCGACGAAGCCGCCAAGCGCGCACAGGAGCUCCAACAGCAUCUCAAAGAGUUCAAGCAAGACCUCGUCCAGCACGACGGUCUCAGUCGUAUCUUUGCCACCAUCAAGUCGACGCCUCGCAUCGAGGAUCUUCCUGAAAAGUACAAAGCGCUGCUCAAGUGGGCGCGCAUCAGCCUCGCCUCCACCAUCUUCCACAUUUUCAUGGGCAGCGACAACUCGUCCGAGAUCUUUUCGCAGAUGAAGCGCAUGCACGGAAUGAUGCCCUACUUUAUGCUGCGUGGCAUCCUCCGCAUUUCCAACCCCAUGGCCAUGGUUCGCGGCGUGCUCGACAUCUUCCUCGCCCAGCCCUUUGGUCAACGCAGUCUGCUGCAGCGCAUGUUUUCCAGCAGCCUUCAGGAUGAGGUGCGCGAGCUCGACGAAGUGUGUGCUGCCAUCUCUGCCAAGGUUGACGACGCGACCAUCUGCGAAAAGGUGCGACAAUUUGUUUACGCGCCCGCCGAGGUCCAGGCUCUCUAUCGCAAAGAUGCCGACGAGGAGCGUCUCGAUCUGCUCACCACCAUCCUCCGCUCGCCCGAAGCACCUAUGCUGAGCCGGUCCCAGAUUCACCGCGUCGUCAAGGCGAGUCAGGCGUACGAGGUGUAUAAGGAGUAUCGUCGAGGCCUCAAGAACCCAGACUUGGAAGAUGAGGGUCCACAGGACGACGAUGCCUGGCUGUACGAAGACUUGCACGUGCUCGUCAAGAUGCUCACACGUAAACGUGACAAGGAGCAGAUGAUUUCGCUCAUCUUUGAAGGCGUCACGGCCGAACUGCUCAAGGAUAUGGUCACCAUCUUUUACUCACCGCUUGCCCAAGUCUACAAGCUCGCCAACAUUGCCGACAGCCUGUCGGAUCUUCAAGCCUUCAUCACCGAUCUCAUCAAGACUGUUGAGGCCAACGAGGAGCUCAGCUAUACAGAUCCGACACGCACGGUGCAGGUGUUCGUGGACCUGGUUGAGAGGCACGAGGGUCGGUUCUACAACUUUGUUCAUCAAGUGCAUUCCAAGGGAUCAGGGCUGUUCGACGGUCUCAUGCACUGGAUCGAGCUCUUCAUCAACUUUGUCCGCGGCAACGAAAGGUCUGCCGAAGUGGUCUCGCAGCAAGCAGGCACGGAGCAGGCGGUGGGAAAAUCGGGAGGCAUCGGAGAAGUGGAUCUGGAAAUCUGCCUGCCCGCUGGGGGCGAGGAGCGCAGGAAGGCGCUCGACGAGAUCGACUCGCUGGCCCUGUAUGCUUACCGACUCAAGUUCCUGCGCGAACUCAAGCUGCGUCGCAAGCUGGCGGAUCGCGAAGUCGCCGGUGUGGCGGGCAAGCUCAUAGGAGCGGAAAAGAAGCGCAGAACAGAUGGCCUGACCGAGGAGGACGAUUCGGCGUUCGUGGGUGCAAUGGUCGAGAAUUUGGGCGUCGGUGAUAUUUUCACAGGAGAGGUGGCGGAUGCUGAAGCGGAAGAGGAUGAGAUGGAGACAUCAGAUGAGGAGGAUUCGGACGAAGGGCACGGCGAGGAUCCAAGCAGCAGGAACAGACUGCGCAAGUUCUCGAGAAGCGACAGCGAAGUAUCGGCAGAGGAUGAUGAAGAAGAAGAGGCUCCAAGAUGGAGACCAACCCCUUCCCGUCAAACGACUUUGACGCAGGGCAAUCUGAAGCAGCUCGACAAGGAUCUACCCACGCUGCCGCAUGGUGCGUCCGCGGACGGCACCGAUGCGGACAAGACCCGCAAGCGUCGCAAGAUCCCCGCACCGAAAGCACCGGAGCUCAAAGUGCUGCCCGAGAUGCUGCCGUUGUUCGUCGAGAUGGUCCGGCCUCUGCUGCGCCCUGCAAGGACCGCUAGCGCCUCUAGCCACCGUUCCGCGAGCUACGAUCCGUACGCCUCUUCCCAGCCGCAAGGCUUGGGACAGGCAGCAGCGCCGCGGCUGCCACCGUUGGCAACAACGGGCGAUCAGCUGUCAAGCGGCAUGCAAGGGAUGGAUCUGGCGGCAAUCUCAUCGCCUGCUUCGUACGUCUCUUCGCCUUUCGCGACGCCCAGAGCUGACGGUAGUCAGAACAGGCAAGAGCCGCGUUCGGACCGUCUUCCUGGAGAGUAUCAGUGGUAA